CUGAUUUGAAAACUUUCAACUCGCAUUGCAAAAGCAAUUUUCCUCGACAUCGUGUACUUCUGUACCUUCUCCUCGGCUGUUGAAGUUGACCUUCACACCUCUCACCUGAGUGUGUGUACCUGGCACAGCUGAUUGUCGAUGGGUUUGUCUUCUCCUCCAACAUCUCUUGAGGUUCAAGUCCUGAAGCCUCCGCGGCGCCAUCCCCGUCCCCAAAACCUUAUCUCGCGUGGGCGAUGUUCUGCAUCUCCGGUUUCUCCGCCGCCUCAGACAUAUAUAACCCCCAUCGACCCGCCAAAUUGCCGAGACCCCUUUUGGGAGCUGAGACCCUCAUUUUCCAAGCCUCCCGAUGCCAUGCUGAUGCUUGGCAGGGCAGGACGUGGCGUUUUGCAUGUGCUAUCCCACGAUACAAAGAUACCAGCGUUAUCUUUGGGCGUGGGACUGAGACAUAAUCCUCUUAUCUCACGCUUUUUCUUGGGAAUAGUAUCAAGUUUCUUCGUACCCCUGGAUACUGAUUUCGUCAUUGGUGGUACGUUCAAUUGGUAGGAUUUUGGCUGCAGCCAAGAGGUUGUCCCCGAACAAAAGGGGGAUCAAACCGUAGCUCCAGGCAUUCCAGAUCUCCGUGGAAUUGAGGAGAACAGGACCAUCCUUGUAUCCCCAGAUGCUCGUCUCAUACAUAUCCCAAAAAUGGGCCAGAAGGCUUCUUCCGCCCAGU